AUGGCGUUGCCACAAGCAGGCAGGAUGAUGUAUCCUCCGCAGUGUUCGCUGUACCUCAUUUUAUUCUGGCUUGGAGGAAUACAUUCGUCGACGCUUCACCUUCACCAUAGGGAGCGCGACGUACCGCCGCAACAAAAAGGAUAUUUUACCAUAGACGCAAAUAUGGAUUUAGCAGACGCGGAUCGAGGGGGCAACGCGGCUCCUGCGCUCCGACUGGCCGCUAUUGGUGCUGCUGAAGGCGGGUCGGACUACGGCGCCCCUCCGCCACAUCGAAGCCGCCGGAGCAGCAGUAAAUCCACCAUGCCGAAGGUGUACGGACAGGCCAGCCUGAAUGACUCUCAUAACCAGAUGGUUGUCCACUGGGCUGGAGAAAAGAGCAAUGUCAUUGUGGCAUUGGCCCGAGACAGCGCAGGAGCCCCAGGACCCAGAACCAGCUCGGUUUACAUGUCCUACAACUAUGGGUUCACCUUCACACUUGUCUCAGGGAAAUUCCAGCUGUCUGAGGCCAAGGCAAAGGAUGGUAGCGCUCAGAGCAUCUCUCAAUUUUACCACAGCCCCGCAGACAACAAGAGGUACCUCUUCACAGACUCCAUCAAUAAUUACCUGUGGAGCACCUUUGAUUUCUGCAAAAGUGUGCAAGGGUUCUCCCUCCCAUUCAAACCAACAGACAUGUUGCUUCACAGCACAAUACCCAACCUGGUCCUUGGCUAUGACAGUUCUCACCCAAACAAACAGCUGUGGAAGUCGGACGACUUUGGUGAGACAUGGGUGCUGAUCCAGGAGCAUGUGAAGACUUACUUUUGGGGUGUGGAGCCUUACGACACCCCCACUACUGUGCUGGUCCAGAGGCAUGAGCCCCAGGAUGUCUUCACUAUACUCAGCAGUACGGACUUCUUCCAGACUGAACAGAACCGGAAAGUGAUUCUGGAGCAGGUUGACAGCUUCCAGCUCAGGGACAAAUACAUUUUUGCCACCAUCACAAAGAAGCUGCUUGGUAGCCGUGAACCUUUAUCUGUUCAGCUCUGGGUCUCUUACGACCGCCAACCAAUGAAAGCUGCCCAAUUUAUGACCCGCCAUCCAAUCAUGGAGUACUACAUUGCUGAUGCUUCUGAGGAUCAAGUGUUUGUGUGUGUGAACCAUUCCAACAAUGUCACACACCUGUACAUCUCAGACACACAGGGUCUCUCCUUUUCACUGUCAUUGGAGAAUGUUCUGUAUUACAGUCCUGAAGGCUCUGGAAGUAACACACUCAUCAGAUACUUUGCUAAUGAGCCCUUUGCUGACCUGCAUCGCGUGGAGGGACUCAGAGGAGUCUUCAUCGCCACACUUAUUAACGGGUCCGUCAGUGAAAACAACAUGCGGUCGGUCAUCACUUUCGACAAAGGAGGGACGUGGGAAUUGCUUCAACCCCCCACGGCCGACAGUCUGGGAGGAACUGUAGACUGCCAGCUCAGCAAAGGUUGCUCUCUCCAUCUGGCCCAGCGCUGGAGCCAACUAUUAAACAUACAGCUGAGAAGGAUACCCAUUUUAUCUAAAGAGUCUUCACCCGGGCUCAUCAUGGCCACAGGUUCGAUUGGCAGGAACCUGGCCAACAAACCCAAUGUGUAUGUGUCGAGUAGCGCUGGAGCCCGAUGGAGAGAGACCCUGGCAGGCCCUCAUUUCUACACAUGGGGAGACCAUGGAGGUAUCCUUGUGGCUAUCGCUCAAGGUGGAGCCACAACACACCUCAAGUUUAGCACCAACGAGGGCGAGACCUGGACCGACUUUCAGUUUUCAGACAAAGAAGUGUACAUUUACCAGUUGCUGACUGAGCCUGGUGAGAAAAGCACCAUCUUCACCAUCUUUGGGGCCUACGCCCACCAAAAGCACAGCUGGCUCAUUCUGCAAGUCAACACCUCUGACGUUCUUGGUGUUCCUUGUUCUGAGGCUGACUACAAGCACUGGUCACCAUCAGAUGAACAUGGUAAUGAGUGUCUCUUGGGCAGAGAGAUAACGUUUAAAAGACGAACACCUCACGCCACAUGUUUCAAUGGCGAGGAUUUUGACCGGCCUGUCACCAUGUACAACUGCUCCUGCUCCCGCCAGGACUUUGAAUGUGACUACGGCUUUAAGCUGAGUGAAGACUUCUCUCUGCAAGUGUGUGUGCCUGAUCCCGAGUUCUCAGGUGACCUUUAUGCUUCUCCUGUACCGUGUCCUGUUGGAACCACAUACCGCCGCAGCAAAGGAUACAGAAAGGUACCAGGUGACAGUUGCAGUGGAGGAGAUGUGGAAGCCAGACUGGAGGGAGAGAUGCUACCGUGUCCAGUUGGAGAGAGUAAUGAGUUCAUACUGUAUGCUCUGAGGAACUCAAUCCAUCGCUAUGAGCUGGCCACUGGCAAUGACCAGGCCCUCCCACUGCUUGGUCUAAAGGAGGCUGUAGCUCUGGACUUCGACUAUGACAGGAACUGCAUCUACUGGGCUGACAUCUUGCUAAAUACCAUACAGCGUCUCUGUAUGAAUGGCAGUACCGGUCAAGAGAUUAUAGUUAAGGAAGACCUGAUGGAUGUAGAGGCCUUGGUGUUUGACCCCAUCAGCAGAUUGCUUUACUGGGUUGAUGCUGGGGAAAAGAAAAUUGAGGUUUCCAAUCCUGACGGGGACUGGCGCCACACCCUUCUUAAUGACUCCAUUCUGGAACAUCCACGAGCUCUUGUUUUACUGCCUGAAGAAGGUCUGAUGUUUUGGACCGACUGGGGAGACACAGCAGCAGGUAUUUACCGGAGCCACAUGGACGGAACCAAUGUUUCCUCCAUCGCGUCAGAAGGGGUCCGCUGGCCCAAUGGGAUCACAGCUGAUGAUCACUGGCUGUACUGGACUGAAGCCUUCAGUGACCGCAUCGAAAGGGCUGACUUCAAUGGGGGCCAGCGGACAAUUCAAAUUGAAGGCUUGCCACACCCUUAUGCAAUUGCCGUCUUCAAGAAUGACUUGUAUUGGGAUGACUGGUCCAGAAUGGGAAUUUUCAAAGCUCCUAAAACUGGUUCUACGAGUAAUGAGCUAAUUAUUGGCAGACUGACCGGUGUUAUGGACCUUAAGAUUUUUUAUAAUGGCAAGAACAAAGGUCAUAAUGCCUGUGCUGACCAGCCAUGCAGCCUGCUGUGCCUGCCUCAGCCUGGCCAUAGGCACACCUGCAUUUGCCCAGAAGGUUCCCCAACUACAACCACAUCCGACGGACAGCUGCAAUGCCAAUGUCCCACUCGAUACCAGCUCCAAAACACCACAUGUGUUAAGACUGAACUCAGCUGUUCUGCAAACCAGUACCGCUGCACAAAUGGCCGUUGCAUCAGCAAUAUCUGGAAAUGUGACAGCGACAACGAUUGCGGAGAUAUGAGUGAUGAACAGGAGUGUCCGACAACAACUUGUGACCCGUCCAACCAGUUUCGCUGCAUAUCGUCUGGUUCCUGUAUUCCCUUGGCCUUCUACUGUGACCACGAAGACGACUGUGGAGACAACAGUGAUGAAAAACACUGUGAGUCUCACAAGUGCGGUGAUGGGGAGUUUACAUGUGCACGGGGUGUUUGCAUCCGUGAGGCCUGGCGCUGUGAUGGAGACAAUGACUGUAGAGACUGGUCAGACGAGACUAACUGCACAGUCGGCCACCAUACAUGUGAAUCCAGUAGUUUCCAGUGCCACACAGGGCAUUGCAUACCACAGCGCUGGACGUGUGACGGUGACAAUGACUGCCAGGACAACUCAGAUGAAGACCCUCAUUACUGUGAAGGAACUCGAUGCAAAGGCUUCCUCUGCUCCAAUGACACAUGCCUGCCUGUCACUGCACACUGUAACGGCAUUCGGGACUGUUCAGACGGCGCUGACGAGGAAAAUUGUGACCCCUUAUGUACUCGCUACAUGGAGUUUGUAUGCAAGAACCGAGCCCAGUGUCUGUUUCCGUCCCUGGUAUGUGACGGUGUCAAACACUGUGAAGACGGGUCUGAUGAGGAUGCGGAAUAUGCCAGAUGUGCCACUCCAACAGAGUUUGGCAAUGUGUGUGACACAUACACCUUCCAGUGUGCCAAUGGAGUUUGUGUGAGCCUGGAGUGGAAAUGUGAUGGAAUGGACGACUGUGGUGACUACUCUGAUGAAGCCAACUGCGCUGCCCCUACUGAGGUCCCUGGCUGUUCCAGGUAUUUCCAGUUUGAGUGUAAAAAUGAACGCUGCAUUCCGACGUGGUGGAAGUGUGACGGAGAGAACGACUGUGGAGAUUGGUCUGACGAGUCCGAGUGUACAGGUGGAGAAAGUCCUCACACAGUGGCCCCUGCUCCUUCAAGCUGCGCCCCCAACCGCUUCCACUGUGGCACUGGAGCUUGUAUCAUCAACACAUGGGUGUGUGACGGUUAUGCGGACUGUCCCGAUGGCAGUGAUGAGCUGGGAUGUCCGACAGUCAAUGGCUCUGUGACACAGACUCCAGUUUUCACCAAGGCCCCCUCCUCCUCUGGUCGUUGCACUUUGGGUCAGUUUCUGUGUCGCCGUCCGCCUCGCUGUAUCCCUUCUUGGCAGCGCUGUGAUGGUCAGGUCCACUGUCAGGAUGGCUCUGAUGAAUACCAGUGCCCUACUCACAAGCCGCUGUUUUGCGAAAAUGGAACCCUCUGUGUUGAUGGGGAAGCCUGUCUGAUGGUCCAAGAUCGAUGUGACGGAUUUCUGGACUGUUCGGACCACAGCGAUGAGGACAACUGCACCCAGGAUACCUUGGCUUAUAAAGUCCAAAACCUUCGAUGGACUCCAGACUUCAUGGGUGCCAUUACUCUAACAUGGUCUCAUGCGAAAAAUGUUCCCCUGAACUCCUUCUAUUACAUGAUCAACUACAGGCUUGUAGGCACCCAGCAGUGGACCGUCUUGGACACUCACAGCAACAAGACCAGCUACAAACUAACUGCCCUGAGACCAGACACCACCUACCAAAUUAAGGUGCUCACAUUGUGCCUCAGCAAGCUGCACAAUACAAACGAAAUCAUCACAGUCAGGACGCCAGAGGGAUUGCCUGGACCUCCCAGGAACCUGCAGCUGUCUUGUGAUAACAGUAAGGACGGGACAGUGGAUCUUUCCUGGAGUCCUCCUGACAAAGGAAACGGCCUUGUUAGAGAGUAUAUUACUGAAUACGGCGAACAAACGGCGGUUGAGUGGACGUCACAGAGUAGUACCACCACCAACACGGAGGUGAAGGAGCUGCAGCCAGACACUCAGUACAAGUUCCGGGUGGCAGCUGUGACCAGUCGAGGUAUGGGGAACUGGAGUGAGGUUAAAUCCAUUACUCCUUUGAAAGCUUUGCCGCCUCCGUCUGUAAUCACUGACAGCAUCACCGUAGCGUCCAUGAGCCUUUCAUUUAGCCUCAAUUCCCAGUAUGAAGUGAAGCAGUACAUCGUAAUCUUGUCCUGGCAGUUUGACACUCACAUGAGGGAGAGCAAGAACUACACAGUCAAGGAGAAGAUCCUCAGAGUUACGAACCUGACUGCAGGGACAAUGUAUGAGGUGGCUGUGUGGGCUCACACCAAUGUCGGUGACAGCCCCACCGCCUUGUCUCAUCACCAGACUGCUGGUGUCCAGCCAGAUAAGCCUCUCCUCAAAGUCUGGGCCCUCAACCACAUUUCUGUUGGCUGCAGCUGGACCCUCACCAGUGGCUCAUCCUCACAGGUGUUUGGUGUGUUUUAUGCUACGUCCUUCCUCGAUUUAUACCACAGUCCUAGUCUGGUCCACACCGCUUCCACUAACCUGACAAUCACUGUGGACAGUGAUGAGCAGUAUUUAUUUUUGGUGCGGACUAUCUCUCCCUUCCUGGGUCCGCCAUCAGAGCACGUUGUGGUCAAAAUGAUUCCCAGUGAAAGGUUGCCACCACGGAAUCUCCACCGUGUGCUAGUAGACAAGACCGUGGCCACACUGAAGUGGCAACCACCUUAUGAUACACCAAAAGUGCCACUGACUUAUGCGAUUCAUUUGCGGGAUAUGGUCCGCAAGGUGGAGAGGGACUACAAGGUAACCACGCAGAACAACACAGUGGAGUACCAGCUGAAAGGCCUGGAGCCCGGAGGACACUACAGCAUCUCCGUCCGCCUGCGUAACAUGAGCAAGGAAGUCAGCUUCACUCUGAGCACAGUUCCUCUUCCAGCUCCUGAAGCCUUGAAGAUUUUGAAUGAGAAAGAUCACAUAUACCUGUUCUGGAAGAGUCUGGCUGUCCAAGAGAAGUAUUUUAAUGAAAGCAGGGGGUAUGAGGUGCAUGUGUACGACGGUGUGACCAACAAGACCACCUUCCUUGGAAACACAACAGAGACCUACUUCCGCAUCAGUAGCCUGCAGAAAGGACACAACUAUACGUUCUCAGUUCAGGCCUGCUGCUUGCUCAACGAUCAAUUAUGUGGCGAGCCUGCACUGCUGCUGUACAACCAGUUUAGAGCAGGAGCAAGUGAGGCCUCCCCGAGUGAAAGCCAUUCGGAGGAUAUGGCGGCAGUCGUAGUCCCAGUCCUUUUCCUGCUGCUGCUGGGAGUUUGUGGCGGCUUGGUGGCGCUCUACUUCAGACACCGCCGACUUCAGAACAAUUUUACAGCCUUUGCAAACUCGCACUACAACUCGCGCCUGGGCUCUGCCAUUUUCUCCUCUGGGGACGAACUAGUGGAUGAUGAUGAUGAAGAUGCUCCCAUGAUCAGCGGCUUCUCAGAUGAUGUUCCAAUGGUGGUGGCGUAGCGAGACGUCACCCCUGCGCCCUGUUGACAGGAAGCCAACCAGUUCGCAAGACAUAUGAAGAAACGUGUAAAGAGAGAUAGAUAUUUUUCAAAUAUACAAUGCACUUUUUCGGAUGCGCAAUAACUUAUUUUUUAUAUGGAAAUAAAAGAAUAUAUGUAUAGGGAGUGGAAAAAGAUGGGGUAGAUAUUGAGGCGUACUGUGAAGAAUUGAGUGUUGUUGAGCAUGUUGCAGAACGCCACACUCCAUUUUGCUUCAAACCAAAAUAAGCAUCCAGACACAAAAAGUACACAAAUGCAAAUGUUUGGCAUCAAGAAAAAAAACCAACGCAUUUUCUUACAAGUCACAUCUAAUUUUAUCCGGCCUAUAAUCAGCAACAGUCUUCUGCAUUCGUCUCCUGGUACGGCUGCUAAUCCAUUUUAUAAGGUCCAUUGUUUAUUACAAUACAUUUUUGCAAUUUUGUUGUGGAAGCGGAAUGUUGAUUUGCCAUCAAUGUAGUGGAGGUGUUGUUUGAAGUUCUCAGGGAAUUGCGGGUACCAGCACAACUAUUGUCAUUCUCAUGGGUUUAGACCAGUGGUUCUCAAACUUUUUUCACCAAGUACCCCCUCAGAAAAAAGUUGGCUCUCCAAGUACUACCACAAUGACCACCAUUAAAAUACGGCAGUGUAGUAGGCCUAAGUAUUCAUUAAAACAAGGCAGAGUUCUUUUUUAUCAAGUAUCUUUAAUAUGUUUGGCCACUGUAACAUUACUUGAACAGUAACACUGUGUUUGAAUAUAGGAAAAUAAAACACUGUACUUUAAUCAAGUAAUUAUUUGGCGUACUACUAGAUGGAGCCCGCGUACCACUAGUGGUACAUGUACAGCAGUUUGAGAAUCAGUGGUUUAGACCACACUGUCCACCUCCUCUCGGCAUGGUACGCCACUUUAAAGGGGUACUGAACCAGUGGAUGGGCUGACAUAAGCGAUAAGCGCGAGACAUACUGUAGAUUAUAGCUGCUGUCAGGAGUCGGGUUCAGAAUUUAAAUGGAGCUUUUACUCAGCAACCCCCCCAAAUGUGUCUACUGGUACUCAAUCAUGCAACGUUUCUACAUUUCAUUUGAUCUCCCCAGGCAAUACAUUAGAUUCAUAGUGGCCAUACAUUAUUAUGCGUAGAAAACAUGUACACAUUUUAUGCCUCAGCACUUUGAGAUUUGCUGUACCAAUGGAAAGUGCAAUACAAAAAAAAAAAGAUUAGACUUUAAUUCAAAGGACAGUUAACACUUUAAAUUUUUGUAACCUGAUUGACAUUUAUAGCACAUAUAAAUAUGCAUUAUCUUAAACAAUUGGAGGACAGAUGGGGUACAUUGUGGUUGUCUACUGUAUGACCAUGCGUUUCAUGCAUCAUUCUCAUACUUGAAUGAUGCAUGCGAUUUAUUUUUCUCACUCCGCACAAACCGAUACAAACCCUCAAGUCCACACACCGUAAUCGAACAGGGUUGGGCCGUACUGCAAAUUUUGAUAUUGAUCUAGAACCAAGUAAAUGCACGACCAGUAUCGCCGAUUAAGCUGCCGAUACUGAAUUUUAAAAUUGUUCAAGGUCAUUGAAUUAUUAGUGAUUUUAUCAUCAAUAUAAUCAAUGCAAAAAAGGACAAAGACUUAAAGCAUUAGGUCUAUCAAAAAUAACUAAUGCAAAGAUUAAUCUAUCAUCAUUAUUAAUUGGAUUUAAAGAUUUAACGCAAUUAACCGAUGAUCAGUGCAGAAUGACUUAAAAUUCCUGAAACAGCAAAGUAGUGAUACUUUAUUUCUCUCUUUCUUGAGUCCUCAUGUCCAUGCAAAAGGAAACCUGAUUAAUAUGGAAUAAAAAAGAAUGAUAUUUAAUCAAAAUUAAUCGUUUGACAGCACCAUUUUUUAUUGGCCAUCUUAUUUUCAAACAAUGUAUCAAACAUAUACAUACACAUCAACACAAUACAAUUGUUUCCUUUUUUUACAUAGAAUUGUUUGAGUGAAUAAAAGCAAUAGCGUAAAAUAAGUAAACAAAAGCAAAAACUACUAUUGGCUCUUAUUCAGCUUUUUGCCCCGUGACUGCAAUAUACAGUUUAACAAUAUCAGCAAUGUAACAAUUUGAACUACACAACACCAAAAUAUUUGUGAAAGUAAACUGAAGAGAACUGUAUAUUUGGAUCACUUUGAAAUAUGCCCCCCAAAAAUAUAUUUUACAUGUUUCUACUACAUAUAUACACUGUAAAACAAUCCUAAGCAUUCGCAUUCCUGAAAUGCUUUCCAUGGAAUUGUGCAGAAAAAUUAUUUUUUAAUGUUUUUUGUUUUCUUUAGUGUUAAUUAUUCAUAAAUGCGAAUUUCCUCCCCACUGUUUAAAACAAAAAAAUUGGUUCAAUGAGGAAUACUUUUACAUGUACAGUGUACAAGCUCAUUGUGGUACGUUCCAUAAAUGUGUCACACAUGUUGGACUCCCGCUCCCCCGACCUGAACGCUUUCGUCACAUAACUGAAAGGAAAUGAGAUGCUUGAGCCAUCGGGUCUUCUGCCUGGUUUUAUUUGUUCGACGUCUUCAUGAAUGUAUUUUAUACUUGUAUUUUCUAAGGUAAUGGCUCAUUAUCGCAUCGGUGACACUGAUAUCCACUUUUUGUGCACAGUGUGUUGGUUGGCACAUCUUGUGUGUGUUGUUGUUGUGUGUCUGUACACAACUUGCCCCUUUGUAGACCCCACUGAACCCAACUGUAUCUACAAACAAAUGUCACGCUCUUUGCGGAACUUUCAUUUCCACACGCUAACUUUUUGUGUUGUCUUUGCCUUAACUUUGUUUCUUCUGGUUUUGUCAUUCGUACUGUAAUUGUUACCACACAAUGCCUUUUUGACAAACACGUAUGAUAGAACACAAAGCGGCAUGCAUGCAUACAGUACAAACACUUACUUGGGCAUCUGCUGAGUUUGGUCGAAUCACUGCUCCUUUCUGUCGCCCUCAGGGCAUUUUUUAAGCUUGUGUACAAAGUGUAAUUAUUCUUUAUUUGGCCAUCUGUGCCCCACUUGUUUCUAUGUCAAAGGGUUUGCUUUAAUAAAAUGAUGUUCGGCACGGAUUCUUGGCCCAUAUUGAUGUUUUGUUUGCUUGUCUCAGAAGUCGCAAGAAGAAGAAAAAACGUUUAACAAGUGUGAGGUGUUUUAAAAAUCACUUAUGCUGAAAUAAAGUUGAUUUAAA